AAGGUAGAACUCGCAGACAUCAGGAAGGAAGCAGUAGUCAUUGCCGCCGAUUCAUCUGAUGAUCUCAGCACGGCUGUUUGUAAUCAAGACAAGGACAUUUUCAAUCUAUCAGUAAAGAUCAAAAAAAUCCUUUACAAUCCUGGAUACACUUUGGAAUCGCUCACCACCACGACACCUGAACCGCAUGGAGUUAGACUCCCAAGAAUUGACAUUGCUUCGUUCGACGGCGACCUGCUCAAUUGGCAAACUUUCUGGGAGCAGUUUAACAUUUCUGUCCACAGUCGCAAGAAUGUUGCUAAUGCGGAAAAGUUGGCUUAUCUCCGACACUCUCUGAAGGACGGCCAAGCCAAAUCAGUGAUUGAAGGACUCUCUCAAUCUGGUGAUCAAUACGCGGAGGCUAUUGAAUCUCUCAAGGCACGAUACGACAGGCCACGCUUAAUUCACCAAGCUCAUGCUCGGAAAAUCUACGAAGCUCCAAACCUAAAGGAUGGCAGUGGCAAAGAGAUCAGACGCCUGCAUGACUCUGUACAACAGCACUUGCGUGCUCUCAAGGCAAUGGGUGAAGAACCUUCUGGAGCAUUUAUAACUUCUAUACUGGAACUGAAACUGGACCAAGCCACGAUGUUUGAAUGGCAAAGGGCCAGUCAGGACUCUACCAGUGUUCCACACUAUCAAAAACUACUUUAGUUUCUCGAUCUUAGAGCACAAGCCUCAGAGACGUGUUCGCUUACUCAAGAAAGGCGUAGCGGACGAUUUGAGCACAAGAAACCCUACACCAAUCCUCACAAGAUUUCAGCUCACACUGGAAACGUUUUUGAAUCAGCCGGAAACUGCGUCACUUGUAAAGUCGAGAAGCACCCACUGUAUGCCUGCCCGAAGUUCAAGAGCUUACCCCACGACAAGAUGUUGUCAACUGUUCGCUCUAACAAUCUAUGCCUAAACUGUUUUAGGCCCGGACACAUGGCCAGGAAUUGCCCAAGUCUCCAUCGUUGUAAACAAUGCCAAAAACCCCAUCAUACCUUAUUACACAUUGAAACCAAGGUAUCUGGUCAAACUCCUUCUGAAACUCCAGAAACUCCAGAAAACGAACACUCAUGCACUGCCAGCAUCGUUUCGACCAAUGCGCAGACAGGUACAAGUUCAAGGACUCUCAUGAUGACCUGUCAAGUACUAAUUCAUGCCCCCGAUGGCUCUCAAAUCAAGGCUCGUGGUCUACUCGAUUCAGGUUCAACAACCUCGUUUGUAUCUCAACGAUUGGUACAGUCACUUGGGCUACCAAAGUCGUCGAAGAAUCUUCAAAUCACUGGAAUAGCUGGAAUCUCUCACAACUCACCGUUGCAUUCAAUUUCCACAUUCCACGUCUCGCCAACGUUUUCACCCGAUGAAAGAAUACCAGUCACUGCGGUUGUUGUCCCGAGGGUCACUUGUGAUAUGCCUGCACAGCCUGUGGGUUUCAAUUCAAAAUGGAAUCAUUUAUCUGGCCUAGAGCUCUCUGACUCGGAAUUUGGAUGUCCUGGAAGGAUCGACAUUUUGUUUGGCGUCGAUGUCUGUGCAUAUUCACUAUUGCAAGGCCGGCGGCAGGGACCAGCUGACUCGCCAGUAGCAUUCGAGACCAUCUUCGGCUGGGUGCUUGCUGGCAAAACGGACAAGCUACAAGUCCUCAACAGUCAAGUAUCAACCCAUCACGUCACUGUCACUUCUGGAGAUUACAUUUUGAGACAAUUCUGGGAAAUCGAAGAGAGCCCCAAGGCUGCAUCCAAUCUAUCCCCUCAGGAGCGUACAGUCAUACGUCAUUUUGAUGAGACUCACACUUUAAAUAAAGAUGGUAGAUUUGUUGUGCCUCUCCCCAAGAACCUUGACUCCAAACCCCUUGGAGAAUCCAGAAUGCAAGCUGUGCGAAGAUUCCUCUCUCUUGAACGAUCCCUCCGUGCCAAGAACCAAUUCAAAGAUUUUGCCACAGUCAUGGAGGAAUACAUGAAAUUGGACACGCUGAAGUGGUACCAGACACAGACAGUCGAAAAUCAAGCAAUUGUGUGUUCUAUCUACCAAUGCAUGCUGUGUACAAAGAACAUAGCACCACUACAAAGAUUAGGGCCGUUUUUGAUGCAUCCGCCAAAUCUAGUACUGGAGUCUCCCUAA